AUCGUAUUGAGUGCCGGACUAUAUAAGCGGCGUGAGAGUUGAGUUAGUCAGUCAUCUACCGGCCUAAACAUGAAGUACCUUACCUGUGUGGUGCUCUUAUUAUCUAUAAUUCCUGCUCUGAUCGGCGCUCCAAACACUGUGGUCGUAAAUGGAGUCUGCCUGACUUGUCCCAAUCCGAAUGGAGAACGCGUCAUUCUGGACGGGCAGGAGUACCGCAGCUUCUCCUCGCCAGGCAGCAGUGGUAAUGUGGUCAUCUCCCGGGGAAACCGAGGAGGCGAAGGAGGUACCACUGUUUAUCGGAGGGGAGGCACUACCAUCGUCAAUGGGCGGUGCCAGCACUGCAACGUGGACUAUUAAAUGUGCCCCAUUAAAUUCCACACUGGAUUAAAAUUUUACACAUUUCCCCUGAUCAAUCAAUUGUAUUUAUACUUGGCUAUGUACGACAUGAGUUCAUUUGGUUAAAAGCAUCGACAAUCGUUCUCCGCGCUCUCUGUGUAAAGUUGAUGCAAUGAUUGUGAUGGCUUCGCGAGCAGAGAGCAUCAGUCGAUGGGAACACGAGUGCUUGUAUUCAGUUAGUGGCCCAAGCACUUGCACUUGCAAAAACUACAUACCUAAAACUUGAAUAUUCUAGUAUUAAAGUUGUCAGCUGAAAA